ACUUGGUUCUCAUUUUCAAGGCAGGAGGCGUGGCCAAAGGCCCUCAUUCAAAUAAAAAACCAGGAGAUUUGCAUGGCGAAUAGGCACCGCGUGCGCUCAUUGGCCGGCGGCAGAGUGGGCGGAGUGCACGGGGCGCACGCGGAGCUCCGCCCCCAGCUAUUUGCAUAACGGCCCCGGCGCGUGCAGGGGAGAAGCGGGUUUGUUUUUGAAUCUGCGGAGGCGGCGGAGUGGAGCGCACGGCUGAGACGGCGGCGCCCGGGACGGCUGCGCGGGACGGGCUGUGUAGGAAGGAACUCGGGUUCCCGUCCCUCACCUCCCGCCCCUGAAGAUUCAAAAUGGAUAGUAUAGAAGAACCUCAGAAAAAAGUCUUCAAGGCUCGCAAAACAAUGAGAGUGAGUGACCGUCAGCAGCUCGAAGCUGUGUAUAAAAUCAAAGAAGAGGUACUGAAAACCGAUGCUAGACUCUUAAAUGGGAACCAUGAAAAUGGAGAUCUGGAUCCCACCUCGCCUUUGGAAAAUACAGAUUGUAUUCAAGAUAGAGAAGAAGUGAAUGGGAUCGAAGGGAUUAGUUUUGAAUCUGAAGAAAGUAAAACAGAAUUGAAAGAAACACCUUGUAGCCCAAAUGUUAGUGUAAAAAACAAGCAAGAACAGGGUUCAAGUAGUGAGCCUUCAUCUCCUAGUGUGACUUCGGACCCUGCUUCUCAGCUAACCAGUGAACCAGCCUCUGCUACCCCAGCCCCUUCUACCCCAGCCCCUGCUACCCCAGCCCCUGCUACCCCAGCCCCUGCUACCCCAGCCCCUGCUACCCCAGCCCCUGCUACCCCAGUCCCUUCUACCCCAGCCCCUGCUGAUCUGACCACAGAAGAGCUGGCUGCUGGAGUACCAGCCACUGAUGGCUCUCCCUGUGAGGAGUCCCCUUCUAGUGAUCCCUCCUCCCGUGAUCUCACCCUUAGUGAUCCCACCUCUGCAGAUACUGCUUCUGAAGAGCCUGCCUCUGAUGAUCUUGCCUCUGGUGGUUCCACCUCUGGUGAGCCGCUGUCGGAUGAAGCAGUUUCAUGUGAACCAGUUACAGAUGAAGUGGUUGCUGGUGAAGUGGCAGUGGUGUCUUGUGACUUGACCUCUGGGGAGCCAUCUUCUGAUGAUUGUGCCCGCUCUGGUGAUUUGCCUUCUGAUGAUCUGCCUUCUAGUGAUGAGUCCUCUGGUGGGCCUACCUGUAGCAGACUGGCUCCUGGUGAGCUGGCUGCCGAAUCAGCCACUGAUACUUUUAAACCAAGUUCUGUGCCAGUUUGUGAACCAAGUCCUGAAACUGACAAGACAGAGCAGAGUAGCAAUAACAAUGAUGAUUGUUCAGAAAAAAAUGAAGACAGUGAAAACGUAGACCAAAUUCAAAGUAAAAACUCAUUUGAUGAGGAAGAUAAAACUAACAAUAAUGUUGGUGAGAAGGAAGAAACUCUAGAAACACACAGUGCAAUUAUUUGUUGUGAUCUACCUCCAGAAAAUACAAAGAAGGUAGAGGAAGAGCCCAUUGCCGCCCUUGCUCUCGCAGAAGAGGCCAUCUCCAGCAGUAUGGAAGUUGACCAAAGUGAGAAGGAUGAGCACAAAAGUCCUGCGGAAGCUGAGGAAGCUGUCAGUGACAGUGCUGCAGAAGACAAGAAGGAGACUGCUUUAGACACCACAGACUCCAUGGAAACAGACGAGAUCAUUCCUAUUCUGGAAAAGCUUGCACCUGCGGAGGAUGAACUUCCUUGCUUUUCAAAGACUUCUCUCCUUCCGGCUGAGACAAGUCAGGAUUUGGAAGAGAAAAUGGAGGGUUCUUUUGGCUCACCAUCAAAACAAGAAAGUACUGAGAAUUUGCCAAAAGAAGCCUUUUUGGUCCUCUCUGAUGAAGAGGACAUUUCAUGUGGAAAAGAUGAGCCCGAGGUCAUAUCACAAAAUAAGCCGAGCUCUCCAGAAGUAGAAAGGAAUGAAAAGGACAGCAAAGCUGAGGAGGAGGAGGAACGAGUGCCGGAUGAGGAGCGGCCACCUGUGAGAAAUGAAUUUUCCAGACGAAAACGUUCUAAGUCAGAAGACAUGGACAGUGUGCAGUCCAAACGUCGGCGCUAUAUGGAAGAAGAAUAUGAGGCAGAGUUUCAAGUAAAGAUUACAGCCAAGGGAGACAUUAACCAGAAGCUUCAGAAGGUCAUACAGUGGUUACUUGAAGAAAAAUUGUGUGCUCUCCAAUGUGCUGUGUUUGAUAAGACUUUGGCAGAAUUGAAAACCCGAGUGGAAAAGAUAGAAUGCAACAAAAGGCAUAAAGCAGUUCUUUCCGAGCUGCAGGCCAAGAUAGCCAGAUUAACCAAACGUUUUGGAGCAGCCAAAGAUGAUCUUAAGAAAAGACAAGAAAGCCCUCCAAACCCACCUGUAUCACCAGGAAAGCCUGCCAGUGAUGUCAACAGCAAUAACAAUGUGACGUACAGAAAUGCAGGCACGGUACGACAAAUGCUGGAGUCGAAAAGAAAUGUUAGUGAGGGUCCACCGCCAUCCUUUCAGACUCCUGUGAAUACAGUGUCGUCAGCCAGUCUUGUCACUCCUCCGGCGAUUGUCAGUAGUCAGCCUAAACUGCAGCCUUCUGCGACCUCAGGUUCUCUGCCAGCAGCAUCUCUUCUUCCUGCUCCCAACACAGCCACAGUCGUUGCCACUACUCAGGUGCCUAGUGGAAACCCUCAGCCUACAAUCUCCCUGCAGCCCCUACCAGUGAUUCUGCAUGUCCCUGUUGCCGUACCCUCUCAGCCUCAGCUCCUGCAAAGCCAUCCAGGGACUAUCGUGACGAAUCAACCAUCUGGCAGCGUUGAAUUCAUAUCUGUGCAAAGCCCACCAACAGUGAGCGGGCUUACCAAAAAUCCAGUAUCCUUGCCGCCCUUGCCAAACCCCACCAAACCAAACAUUCCGUCAGUGCCCAGUUCUAGUAUUCAGAGGAACUCUUCUACCAGUGCUGCACCCUUGGGGACAACCCUCGCUGUGCAGGCUGUUCCCACUGCACAUUCUAUUGUGCAGGCCACGAGGACUUCUUUACCCACAGUAGGCCCGUCAGGACUUUAUAGCUCAUCUAACAAUCGAGGCUCAAUACAGAUGAAAAUCCCAAUAUCUGCUUUUAGCACUUCAUCUUCUGCAGAACAAAAUAGCUCUGCCAACCCACGAACCGAAAAUCAAACAAACAGAACAGUAGAUUCUUCUGUUAAUAAGAAAAUGGCAGACAGCACAUCACAGAGUGGGAAAGCUUCUGGCAAUGACUCAAGCGGUGUCAUCGACCUCACCAUGGACGAUGAGGAGAGUGGGACCACACAAGCAGAGCCCAAGAAGCUGAGUCAUCCUGCGCCAGCCAUGAGCACUUCUCAGCCCAUGCCUCGACCACUGCAGCCCAUUCAGCCAGCACCACCUGCUCAGCCAUCUGGAGUGCCGACAAGUGGCCCGUCUCAGACGACCAUCCACUUACUGCCUACAGCUCCAACCACCGUGAAUGUAACACAUCGUCCAGUAACUCAGGUGACCACAAGACUCCCUGUACCAAGAGCUCCCGCAAAUCACCAGGUGGUUUAUACAACAGUGCCAGCACCACCAGCUCAGGCUCCCCUGCGAGGAACCGUUAUGCAGGCUCCUGCUGUUCGCCAGGUCAACCCUCAAAAUAGUGUUACAGUUCGAGUGCCUCAGACCACCACAUACGUUGUGAACAACGGACUCACCCUGGGAUCAGCAGGGCCUCAGCUCACGGUGCAUCACCGGCCACCACAAGUGCAUACUGAGCCCCCACGCCCUAUGCAUCCAGCACCCUUACCGGAAGCCCCACAGCCUCAGCGUCUGCCCCCAGAAGCUGCCAGCACUUCCCUGCCUCAGAAACCACACUUGAAGUUAGCACGAGUUCAGAGUCAGAAUGGCAUCGUGCUGUCGUGGAGUGUCCUGGAAGUGGAUCGGAGCUGUGCUACUGUUGACAGCUACCAUCUCUAUGCUUACCACGAGGAACCCAGUGCCACUGUGCCCUCUCAGUGGAAAAAGAUCGGUGAAGUCAAAGCCCUUCCUUUGCCAAUGGCUUGUACUCUCACUCAGUUCGUGUCUGGCAGCAAGUACUACUUUGCGGUGCGCGCCAAGGACAUUUACGGACGUUUUGGGCCUUUCUGUGACCCUCAGUCUACGGACGUGAUCUCUUCCUCCCAGAACAGUUAGUUAGACCUUGGAGCCUUCAGCUUCUUUUCAAAGUUCCACAUUUUGGGCUUGUUUUAAAUCUUGUGCAUGAAAUUUAAUGUAAAAUCCACCUUGUGCAAGAUCUCUUGGACAGAUGAGUGUACACACUAUGUUUGUUUAUAACUGAAGUAUAAUAAAUUCAGCCGGUAAAGCAAGUCUUCCCCUGAACAAGUCAAGCUUCAGGGGCUUCAGAUGUAAAUUGUUGCUUGCUUUAGUUAUGAGGCUGGGGAAUUCGUAUGGGUGUUCGUGUGUGUCUUCUCUCUCUCUCUCUCUCUCUCUCUCUCUCUCUCUCUCUCUC